GCAGUGGUGGGUGACCCAAGCGCAUCGCUGUGUUCUCUUCUGCAGCUCGUGGCCGAGUGGUGCAACGGUUGCACUUCAGCGUCAGAGGUUCUGGCCCGCUCCCCAGCGCAGCUGCCGGAGCUGGUGGCCCUGCUUGAGCCCUCGACUUCGCCCUCGGAUUCACAGGGGGUCCAUGUCCGCGGCCUCACUGCUUUGGUUCUGGGCACCUGUUUGCUGCAGCUCCCUUCCCAGGAGGACGCGCUUGUCAGUCAGGGCCGGCUCAUGGAGAUCUUGGCAGCCCGUGUCGGUGUGGACGCCUUCACGCGUGCAGCAGAGGUCCGCAUCUGGCUGGAGCGAGGUGGGGGCGGUGCCGGCUCGCCUGCAGCCGGCAUGGCCGAGGAUGUGGCUGAGCAUUUCAAAGACCUCAUCAAGAUGCAGGAUAAGGUGCAGCAACUCAAGGAGGAGAACACAGAGCUGCGGAAGUUGACCACCGACGAAGAUAAGACGCUCCUUUUGUGGAAGGUCAGGGCUCUUACCAAGCAGUGCGAGGCGCUGCAAGCCCAGUCCGAUCUCCUGCAGGCGAGCCGUGGCUCCGUGGAGGUGGCUCGUCUCCGCGAGCGCCAGCAGCAGCGCGCUGUGCGCCAGGAGCUCGAGCAGCAGCUCCAGGUGCUGGCUCUGGCACUGGACGAAGCCGAGGGCAAAGAGCCCCUUCGGCCCUUGCAGCAGGCAACUGAGUCCACAGAGGUCGACAGCUUGGCUGCUGAGAGGGACGAGUUGCUGGCCGUCCGGGGAUCAGAGCCGGGAACGCAGGCGGCCGGCUUCCUGGCGCCCUUGGGCUUUGCGCCCUCCAAGCCAAACCGGGAGGUCACCGCCUGGGAAGCGGCGGCGGAGCGCCUGGGGCACCAGGCCAUGACCCUGUCCAUGGCCGGUCCGGCUAAGGUAUAA